AUGUACUCUGACGAAGACCAGUCGUCGAUUGUCGAGCUCGUCGACCAGUCCUUCACCCCGCCGCUGAGCUAUUCCGAACAUUCCAGCCGGUCGUCUGAGAAGGACGAGGAUACCGACUCGGCCUCCCUGCCUAGCACUCCCUUCUCCGCCAGCCGGGUCGACUCCCCGGGGCUCACCGAUUCCCGUCACUUCCAACGCCCGCUUAGUCAUCACCACCCCUUCCCCAAGGCACCCGCCGGCCUGCCCAGCCCCAGCCCCAGCCCCACCCAGCUGCUCCGAGGACCACCGCCCCCCGCGGAGGCCCAGGCACCCUUCUCCGGCGUCGGCUGGCGGCUCGGCACCAAGCAGACCGAUCCGAACAUCUUCAAGCACUCCAGCUCAUUAUCAUCCGAUCCGCCCAACUCCAGCCAACUCCUCCAUCAGCAACCCGCCCGCUCGUUCGAUCACGACCCGGACUUCGUGCCCUUCCCCGAUGACCCGCACUGUCUGCGCCACGCCGAGUUCGGAUUCGAUCCCAACGAACAUGAAUUCAUGUGGACCAGCCGGUUCAGCCCUUCAACGAACCCGCCAAAACAGGAGAUUUCUGCCGAGGACGCUGGUUACUUCACCUAUCUGACCACCUAUUGGUCAUACCUGCUCGUCUUCUUGAUUGGGCAUGUUCGCGAUGCGUUUGGCAAAACAUUCUCUGCCCAAUCUCACGCUCAUUUGAAACUGCACAACGGCUAUGCCGCCUUAAACUCAGACUUCGAUUCAUUCUUUACGCGGCGAGUGAAAUCCAGACUGGACGACUGCUUCGGAAGGCCAGUCACCGGAACGCCUGCCCGGACAAUCACUUUGCUCGAUCGGACCUCAUCCGACAAUUGUGUCUCGUUCAAGUACACUCAAACCACCACUCAGGCUCUCAACAUUUCAUCCUACAACUAUCUUGGCUUUGCUCAAUCCCAAGGAUCAUGCUCUGAUGCGGUAGAGGCAACGAUUUCUGAACUCGGUGUUAGCUCAUCAGGCUCUAGAGAUGACGUUGGAACGAGUCCGCUGCUCGUAGAAACCGAGAAACUCUUGGCCCAAUUUGUUGGAGCCGAAGAUGCUAUGUUGGUCUCUCAAGGGUUUGCGACCAAUUCGACCACCCUGCCUGCUCUCGUCGGUAAGGGCGCCCUAGUGAUCUCGGACGAAUACAACCACAACUCCAUCCGCUUCGGAACCCGGCUCAGUGGCGCUAUGGUCAGAACCUACAAACAUAACGACAUGAAAGAUCUCGAGCGACUCUUGCGAGAAGCCAUCAGUCAGGGGCAACCCCGUCGACUCAGGGCUUGGACCAAGAUCGUUGUCGUUGUCGAAGGGAUUUACAGCAUGGAAGGCUCCAUAGUCGAUCUACCGAACAUCUUGCGCUUAAAAGAUCAAUACAAGUUCUACCUUUAUCUAGACGAAGCUCAUUCAAUCGGGGCAUUAGGACCCAACGGCCGCGGCACGUGUGAUUAUUACGGAAUCGAUCCGUCCCGCGUUGACAUGCUGAUGGGCACCCUUACGAAAUCAUUCGGUGCCAGCGGAGGAUACAUUGCAGGAAGCAAAGCAGUGAUCCAACACAUGCGAAAGACCUGCCAUUCUUCGAUCUACGCCGAAUCUCUAUCCCCACCAGUCAUCUCGCAGAUCCUCAGCGCCGUCAAAUCGAUCAUGAUCGAAGAAGCCCCAGUAUUGUCGGGGCUAUCUAUCACCCGCCAAGCUGCUAUGCCAGAAGGAAAACGACGAUUGAGACGGCUCGCUUUUAACGCUAGGUACUUGCGCGCUGGAUUGAGUAAAUUGGGCUUUAUCGUUAUUGGCGAUCAAGAUUCUCCCGUGGUCCCAUUACUGGUUUAUCAACCCGGAAAAAUGUUAUUAUUCUCAAGACUAAUGUUACAAAGAUAUUCGAUAGUGGUAGUGAUAGUAGGAUAUCCUGCGACGCCUCUGGUCUCAGGGCGAGUAAGGUUCUGUGUUUCGGCGGCGCAUACGAAGCAAGACAUCGAUCAGAUCCUGAUUGCCACCAACGAGAUCGGCGAAGCGUUGGGGAUGAAACUCAACUGGAAAAAGUGCCAGGCCGACCCCUGGACUGUCGACAGAGUCAUCAGUAAUGCCAAGGAAUUGGUCCUUGGAUCCGCCUGA